ACAAGGGUAUGAAACAAAAUAAUGAAUAUCAAGAAGACUUAUGUAUGAACCUAAGUCAUUCAAAUACUGAAACAGAAUUAAAUGAGAAGAAUUUACCAUUAAGAGAAAAUCAGUUAUUAUAUUUUAAUCCAACAAAUAGUAAUUUUGAUAAUGGCACGCAUCAUUUACAAGUUUCUUCAAUAAAUAGCAGUAAUUUGGAGAAUUUUACACGCAAAUCUAUCGACGAAAACCAUUCGAAAUUACACAUCGAAGGUAACAAGACCGCAUUAAAAAGCAAUUCAAAAAAUACAUUGUAUUCAAUAAAGCAUGCUCUACCCGAAAGGAAUUCAUCUUCACUCACUUCUAGUUUAGAAUUUUUGCAAAAGAAAUCGUUUGAGAAUACAUCAAAAAUGUAUUUGGAAAAGGCGAGAGAAAAUUCUUCAGAUACAUUGUCAGAAUGCGUUUGUCAAGCAAAAGAAAGUUCAAUGAAUAUGGACGAAAUAUCAACAAUAACAAAUUCAGAUGAACAUAUUAUAAGAAAAGAUUUAAAUAAUAUGACACGGCAAGAAUUAUUAGAAGAUCUGAUUACAGUUUUAAUGAAAAUAUUAAUCGAAGAAAAAGGAAAUGAAAAAGUUCAUGAAGUAAAACAAGCAAUUUCGAAUGACGGGAAAUCAAACAAUGAAAGUAAUAUUGAUAGAAACAAAUAUAUCUCAAACGGAAAGGAUGAAAGAUAUUCACCCGUAGUUGAUAAUUUCGAAAAUUUACAUACAAUUAAAGAAAAUAAGAAAAUAAAUAAAGCUAAAAAAUAUAUAGAAGUUAAUGAAAGCGAAUGGGAUAACUUAAUUGUCAACGAUUUCAAUGACAAAAACACAGAAAGUAAACAUUUGAAACCUUUUACGGAUAAUGCCAAGCAUUUACACGAAGCACAAGUGAUAAAAAAUAAAGAUUAUAACAUUCCAGAUGUAACAAAUCAACAACAUCAAAGAGAUAAAAACGUAAAAAUUAUGACAAAAAAAGAAAAAAAUAUUUUUAGUUGUGGGUAUUCUGGUGAGGAAGAAUGGAUUAAUGCAGAUACUACAGAAAUUAAUAAUUCAACUUUGAAUAUGGGAGAUAUUUUAACAGUUACUCGCGAAAAAGUUCACUUACUUACCAAUGAUUUAAAUGAUAAAAUGAAAUCAGAUCUGAUUACGAAUCAUUCUGAAUAUAUUGUAAAUUCUCAAUAUCAAUAUCAAUUAUCCGAACUUUUGGAUGAUAAAAACGUAAAAUUUCCAGAUUUUCGGGACGAUAAUAAAAGAAUAGCAAAUAAAACUGAAAAUUUAAUGUUAUCAUCUCCAACAGAUGCUAGAUUUAUAGAGAUUGGAUCGGAAAAGAUUACUUUAUCAUCUGAAAACAAACCAAAGUUUGCACAAUUUGUUCCAAUGAAAGAAAAAUCAAAAUGUUUAUACACGGCUGAAAAUUUUCUCUUGCCGAGAACCAAAGAAGAAAUGCAACAAAACGUUCUCAUGGAAGCGUCAGAAUAUAAUUGGCGCGAUAAAAAUUCAAUGAAAAAUGAUAAUAAAAUAUUAAAUCCAUCCUUAUUGCAUCAAACAUCAAAACGAAAUACUCUAGAAGGAUCCAAAUGGAAUAAUAUACAAGAAAAAGUUAUCGAAAGAUCACCUCCAACAGUUUUAGAUCCGCCGAUAAUCACGUCUCUUCCUACAAAUUUACAGGAAAAAAAGUAUGGAGAUACAGAAAAAAAUGAUCUGCAACAUAUUAAAAUCAUCCCUACGAUUCUACAAAACUCGGAGAGAAACUUCAUACAGAUUGAAAUUUGUAUACACUUUAAUUCUAAUAAAAAUGAAGCCGUAAUACCAAUCGCUGUUGUAACGCCAUCUCACUUCGACCAUAUAUCCGUAAUAUCAGAACAUCAAUCGUGGAAAUCUAUACAAGUUUCAAUGGCUGAAUCGUUGAAAGUUACUACACCGUAUAAUAAUGCAAAACAUCGCUCUCUUUCAAUGUGUUCGCAAGAUCUGUUUCAACAACAGGUUUCAAAAAUGGAAGACGUUAUUAAAAGAGCCACUCUGCUUAUAGCUGAACCUCGCGAAAAAUUAAGCAGUAAGAAUAUAAAACAGAAAAAUCGUCAUAUAACAAAAGUUACAAGCAGAAAAGGUAUGAAAAUUAUAAGGUAUUGUCAUCAAAAUAACAAUCAAGAAGAACCGUAUUUUGUUUUAUCGACACCAGCAAAACGUGGAAAAUAUUCUUCGGUAGAUCGUCGAAAGAUUCAACCAAAAUCGCAUAAAAUUUCAGCACCAGAAAAAAUAGGGAGCAGACUUUAUGGAAAUAUAUUAGUGCAAAAUCUUCCAAAAACAAUGGAAAACAAGAAUGCAUUACUAGAUAAAAAAGGAAAUGAAUAUAAGCUUCAAGAUAGUGAAGUUUCAGUUGUCGUUGAAACUCCAUUGAAACACAAAGUGACAAAAUCUUUAGGAAAUUGUAGAAGAAAUAAAUCUUUCAGUGUUUUAAAAGCAUCGGUAAAUGUCGAUAGAAAAAAAGAUAAAGAAGAUAAUAACUCGGAACUAUCAUUUGAAAAUACUUCAAAAAAUAAUGCACCUGAAGAAAAUGGCGCAGCUCCAAAUAUGGAUUUAAAUAAAUAUAAAUAAAUAAUCUUUACAUUUUUGUAUUUAAACUUGAUACCAGUGAAAAUUAAAUAGAUUUAUCAUGA